AAGGAUCGGAAUUAGCCUUGACGCAUACGCACGCAUACACGCGUGCACACACGGAUCCAACGUACACGCGGUCAAGGGAUGACAGGACGAAUUGUGUUCCGGAGUGUUUGUGCAAGCUGUUGGGACUCGGGAGGGACAACUGGCCUUAGUAGCUUGUGAUCUGUGUGUGUGUGACAGUUUCUCACAAGAGGGUCUCACUCAGGAGAUAGAGAGAGAGCUGGAUUUGGAACUUUUGAACUGGAUUUGGAACUUUGGAACUGGAUUUGGAACUUUGGAACGCUUGACUUUUGAUCUCCAUAUUCCCUAGCAAAUUCAACCCGUGGAUUUCUUUGGACAUAUGUUUUUGACAUCUUCUUUUUUUGUGUGGAGAGAGAGCUUCGGUCUCACUAAGAUUUCCUUGCCGUCGAAGUUUCUAUUGGAUUUUCUUAUUGGAAAUAAUAAUCUUGGAUUCAAACCAUUAUUUUGUCUAACCCAUGAUACACUUUAACACCCCAUAGGCCUAGGUUAUUUAAGGCCAAUUCCAAUGUCUUUCUUUGGAUAACAACUUGUUGGCAGCCGUUGGAAUUCUAACCCUUUCUGGAGUUAUGUAACGGUUGAGUUGUUUUAUAAUGUUAUCGAAUAUUUCACCAUAUCCCCUUGGUUAGUUUCUCAACCCCAACCCAAUCAUCAGCGUCACAUCUCCUCUGAAUAACGGUUCCGUUAAUAGGUCACCCGGAUCAGUAACACUUGCGCACGGUGGUGCAUGCGAGUGUUGGGCAGUUGACAUCAUUAACCAACCAACAGGGUCUCGGUUUGUGUAGCCUACAUCUGUUUUGUGGAUUUUUUUUCCCCCGGUUCUGUCGCUCCCACUGGGGUGAGAGUUUCUCUUAACUUCAUGAUGUUGCUCCUUUCCCCGGUUCUCCUCCUUCUGCUCCGCGGGGUCUUGUUUGAGGCUUCGCAGGGCAUCAUCCAGGACAGCGGCUACUAUCACCACGGUGACCCGGCGCUCGGACUCACCUUUGCCGGCCAAAGAACGGUGUUCGACUCGACAGACCCGUGCCUGGUGGUGUCUCCUCCCUGUAUGAACGAGGCGGACCGAUACAGUCUGGAGGCUCUGAGGAACAUCCACAGAGAGAUGGAUGACGACCAGGAUGGAGGGAUAGAGGUGGAGGAGAGCGUGGAGUUCAUCAUAGAGGACAUGAAGCAGCAGCAGACCAACAAACACAGCAACCUUCACAGAGAGGACCAGCACAUCACCAUAGAAGAACUGUGGAGGGGCUGGAAGUUCUCAGAAGUCCAUAACUGGACUCAGGAUGAGGUGUUGAGGUGGCUCAGGGAAUUUGUAGAGCUGCCUCAGUACGAGAAGAACUUUAAAGACUUCAGAGUCAACGGCAACACCCUCCCCAGGAUAGCAGCCAAUGAGCCGUCGUUCCUGAGUGGCCAGCUGAAGAUCCUGGACCAGAGAGACAAACAGAAACUCAACAUCAAGGCUCUGGACGUGGUGCUGUUUGGUGCUCCUAUACGUCCACCACAUAACUACAUGAAGGACUUGUUGCUGAUAGUUUCUGUGAUGAUGGGUGUAGGAGGCUGCUGGUUCUCCCAGGUCCAGAACAAAGCUUCUAAAGUCCACAUCUCUAAAAUGAUGAAGGACCUAGAGAGUCUGCAGAGUGCUGAGCUCAGCCUCAGAGAACUACAGGAACAGCUAGAGCAGGCCCAGGAGGAGAAGCGUAACGUGGCGGAGGAGAAACAGAACCUGGAGGAGAAGAUGAGGGAUGAGAUCAUGGGAGCUCAGGAGGAGGCAUACAGACUCCAUCAGCUCAGAGCUGGAGCCGUCAGUCAACUGAGCAGACUGAGAUAUGCAGAGGAGGAGCUGGAGCAGGUGCGUGGAGCGUUAAAGAGGGCAGAGAAGGACAUGAUGGCUCACUGGUCUGUCCCGGAGGCCCUACAGCUCUGGCUACAGCUGACCCACGAGGUGGAGGUGCAGUAUUACAACGUCAAGAAACACAGUGCAGAGCUGCAGCUCAACACAGCCAAGGAAGAGGCAGAGAAGAUCAAGAAGAAGAGGGGUUCCCUCAUGGGGACGUUCCACGUGGCUCACAGCUCCUCACUGGACGACGUUGACACCAAGAUCCUGGAGGCCAAGAACGCCCUGUCAGAGGUCACGGCCUGCCUACGCGAGCGUCUCCACCGCUGGCAGCAGAUAGAGCGUCUGUGUGGUUUCCCUCUCCUCAGGAACUCUGGCCUGGCCAGCCUGACCGCCACGCUGUAUUCAGACUCUAACUGGGUGGCGAUGCCCAGGGUGUCUGUUCCCACCUUCCCCUCCUGCCAUGGAUCAAUACAAGGCUCUCUGGAGGAUCUGAUGGAAGACCCCUCGGCACACAUCUUAGUUCCACCAAUGAAGCGCUCCCCUCGCUCUCGUGGCUCUACCUCCACCGUGUGUCGUCAACGGCGUUCCGGACACGCCUCCUCCUCCUCUUCCUCCUCCUUCUCCUCCGAACCUGAUAUCCUGAUCCCUAUCCACACCCCGCUCCCCUGCUUCGAGGAAGAGGAGCAGAUCUUCAUCAACGCCCAGCGGAGAGGAGAUUCUCGGGAGAUGUAUUCAGACACCGAUUACAGGACCCCUCCUGUCAGCAGAAGGUCAGCAGAACCUUCCGGAACGGAAUCCCCCAUUCGGAAGAUAUCCAGAGAAGAACUGGAAGCUUCCUCGGAUGCAGCCACAUCGAAGACAUCAUCUAAGGACGAGCCGGACUCUUCUUCUGCGGACAACACUGACCCAAGAAAAAUACAAAGAGUCAAAAGUGAGACUUCCAUGGACACCUCCGCCGACACAGCAGCCAAAAAGAUCUUAGGUCGUUCGAUGGACAGUGUCUCGAGGAAGUCAUCCAGAGAUGAGUAUCACGAGGUUCCGUUGGAGAUUCAUGUCUCAAAGAAGAGGUCUCUGCUAUCUACAGCCAUGAUGGGUGUGUCUCUGGACACCGGCUCCAGACAGAUGAUGAGAGAGAGCAGGGGGGAAGUCUCAUUCGACAACACCAUGAGAGCAAGGCCAAGAGAAGAAAUGGUGGAGGCCAUUGGAACUCCAAUGAGAAGGAUAUCCCGAGAGGAGGUGGACUUCUUAGCCGACAGCACUCAAAGGAGGAUGGCGAUGGCCAGAGACAAACUGACGCUUCAUCUGGACAGCAGCUCUUCUCACAAGAUGCUCAGGAAGAAGAUCGAGUUCCCAGUGGAACCGUCUUCCACCGCCACGAGGAAGAUAUCGAGAGACGAACACCGCGAGAUGUGCUCUCACACUCGCAGACGAACAAACAGCGAUAAGAUUGACAGAUCCAUAGACACUCCCACUGGGAAGAUCUCCCCGGACAGGGUCGAUGGUGCCCCGGAAAUCCCCAAACGGAGGAUAUCCAGGCAGGCGUAUGCAGGGUCGUCCCAGUUGGGUCAGGGUCCCCAGGUUUUGGAUCAGGGUCAGUUCGGACAACCUGACCUCACCUUGUCCACGCCAUGGAAACAAACCCAGACCUCUGACCCUUACACCUCCGAGCACCUGACUGAACUGGUGUAUGACGGAAUCCUGGAGAAGUCCUGCAUCACCCCAGCAACGACCCCUGACCUGCCCCAGAGGAUCACGGAAGGAGGAGACGGAGAAGGGAAUCCUCCUGUUCCGCCCCCGAGGAGCGCCCGGUCCCUGAACACGUUGCCCCCUGAGAUGAGAGGCGAGAGACACCACAAGGACAAAGACAAAAGCACCAAGUCGUCCAAACUCAAGAACCUUUUUAAGAAGAGGAAAGAUCGUUCCCCAGAACGGCCACAAGGGGGCCUGAACAAACUCUGACCAUUAACUGAAAUUUAAAAAACGUUUUUAUGUUAAUUUUUAAAUCAGGAAGUCUCUUGAGGUUAUGAAACUCUAUUUUUUUUAAAGAGAGAGACCUGGAAAUACCUCAGCCAUGAAAAGCUGAGAGGAAACAUGAACAUUAGUCUUAUAGAUUUGAUUUUCUAAAAACCGAUACGGACUGUUGGCUGGGAUUACAUGU